ACACACACACAUAUUUCCGUAAAUGUGAAGACUUACAGUAAAACUCAGGUGUUUUUUGUCUCCUUCCUACAGUGGGUGGGCAGCUGCUUUCAUUUUGACAGACAAACACAGAUAUGGCUGUUUGUGUGCGUGUCACAUCAUGUUCUGGGUUAACACCUUUUUUCCUCGGAAGCGUUCCUUGGUGCACUGUCACAAAAACACACCCACUCUGACAGUGGAAGUCAUCUGACAGCUUCUGCGGCAUUCUUCACCCUGAAGACAUAUUACAGGAGAGGAAGCAACCUGACAUGCAGGCCUCAACAGGAACCUCUGGUGUCAAUCCUCCAGCAGGUAACGCCUCAGUCUUCCUGGACUCUGAGUUUCGUUACGUCCUCUUCCCGGUCGUCUAUGGCAUCGUCUUCAUCCUGGGUCUCUUCGCUAACAUCUAUGUGCUUUUCGUCCUGCGCUGCCUACGAGGCGCCGAGGCCAUGGGCGAAAUCCGGAUCUACAUGGCAAGUCUAACGAUAGCUGAUCUCCUCUUUGUGUGCGCCCUCCCCCCCUGGAUUGUAUAUUACAGCCGCAGAGGCGACUGGAUCUACCCGGACUUCAUGUGUCGCCUGACCGGCUCGCUGUUCUUCAUCAACACCUACUGCGCCAUGCUCUUUCUCUGCGCCAUCAGCGUGAACAGAUACUGGGCGGUGACCCGGCCUCUGGACGCGGCCUCUUCAGACCACAGGCGGCGAGGGUUCAUUGUGUGUGCUUGCAUAUGGCUGGUGACCAUAUCCAUGACUAUUCCAUAUCUAGCCUCUCCGGGGACCAACGCUGACCAGGAAUUCACUCGCUGUUUUGAGGGUUACCAGAAUCAAACGGACUCAGACAAGAAAACAGUGGCCGCCACUCAUUUUACAAUAAUUGGCUUGUUUUUAAUCGGCUUCUUUCUCGUUGUGGUGUGUAAUCUCCUCAUUGCUCGAGUGUUACUUUCUCCACAGUCAGAAAUCAGGUCAGCAACCAUGGUUUCUCGAAAGUCCAAUGCGUCCUCUUCAUUUAGAAAGGGAGUGAAACGGAGGGCUCUGCAGAUGUUGCUGGCUGUGGUUGGAGUGUUUGUCGUGUGUCUCCUGCCCCACCAUGUAGUCCAAGGCCCCUGGACCCUGGCAGUGCUGCAGAUCGAACAUGGCUGGGGCCAUGUAGAGUGGGACCAAAAGACCCGACAAGCCCUGAACGACGCGCAUCAAAUUACGCUGGUUCUCAUGAACCUGAACUGCAUUUUGGAUCCCGUCGUUUAUUAUUUCGCUACAAAGAAGUUCAGAGGGGUGAUAAUGACCCACGUUAAAAAGUUGAAAGAGAUGAGUGGAUGCUCAAAUCAACCAAAACAUGAAAAUCCAGGCAGAGGACAGAUGUCUCUGCAGAUACAGACCCCAUCACACAUGUCUGGAGGCACAUAUUGAGCUGCAUCACUUUUGUAUAAGUCUUGGACUGUUUGAGACCCUCCCAUCUGGUAAGAGACUGCAGUCUAUCAAGGCCAAAACCUCGAGCCACGGGAACAGUUUCUUCCUCCUCUGCUGUCAACCUCAUCAAUAAUGUCCCAUUGACUCUAGCUUUGAAGUAAAGACUAUCUCACGACAUCAAUACCACAAAGUCAAAUAUGUGAUGGACAGAUAAUAUUUCUUGAGAUAACAUGCGUCUUUCUGGCUUUGUCUAGACAAGCUAGAUCAUUUUUUUUGACAAGAACAGUGCUUCACUGUGCUGCAGUGCACUUUUAUAAAAGUUUGUAUAGGUUAGGUUUGUCUCAUUCUUUACUUUAAACAUGGUGUAUUAUUAUUUUUGAUCUGUUAAUUAGAAAGUUACUUCUGAAGGAAAAGAGUUCAUUUUGCACUCAGUUUGCUGUACUGUCAUGUUCAGGCUGCUUGUGACAUUUGAACUUGUGUGAAAUUUUGUUAAAUCAGACAGAGUGAAUACUUUGAAGGCUGCGUCUGACCACAUUGUGCCUUCCGGCGCAGUCUAGGCCUGUGAAGGCUGUUUCGUCAUGAGCCGGGGAUCCGGCCGAAGAUUUCUGCCUUUUAAUGAGGCAGUUUUUUCUUACCACUGUAACUUUUGCUGCUUUGCUAAAGUGCUCAUGAUGGAUAGGCCGGAUCUUUGUAAUAUAGAAAUAAGUAAGGUCUUUUACCUGCUCUUUUGGAAUGUUAACAGAUAAAGAGUAAGGUAUUUUACCUGCUUUUUGUAACAUAACAAUGAGUAAGGUCUUUUACCUGCUCUUUUGCAAUGUUAACAGACAAAGAGUAAGGUCUUUUUACCUGCUCUUUUGUAAAGUGUCUCGAGAUAACACUUGUUAUGAGUUAACGCUAUACAAAUAAAAAUUUAUUGAUUGAUUGAUCGAUUAAGUUGCUGUGGUAACCUUGAAGAUAAUGGUUCUGUUCUCUUUAGUCGCACCAGAGGAAAUGAGCAGAAUUGAAAGAUGUGUGCUUUUGGACCUCUCUGUGGCAUAUAGAUCCAAACUGUGGACAUUUGGAUGUUUUAUUAUUGUCAACAUCUGAAGGGUAAAUUAAAAUCCUGUUUUUCAAAGUGUCA